AUGUCGAGACACCGCGUGAAGAAUGUCGGCUACGACGACGACGAAUUCGACGAUGAUGAUGGCUAUGACUCGCCCGAUCCCGAGGAGCAGGAGUUUCUGCAGCAGUGUACUGCCGCGGUCGUGGGACAGCUUCGAGCGGGGCAACCGUCGCUAACGGCGACGACGGAGGAAGUCCAGGAAGCGCUAUGGCAUUAUUAUAAUGAUAUUGACAAGGCUGUGAAUUAUUUGAGGGGUGUGUAUUUGUUUCCUCCUUCAAUCUGUCCCCGUCUGCUGGCGAGAUCAUCGUGGUUUGCUGGUGGGGGUGUGUGCAUGUGCAAGAAGGAGAAAGAGGUCAAGAAACAGGCAGCCCCGGCUGUACAGAAGUCGAGGGUUCAGGCUGGUAAGUUUACUUAUUUCGUUUAUACGUUGGUCGAGGUUUUGGACAUCGUUCUAACAGGUCUCCCAGUACCAGGAUUCCCAGCGCCUUUACCUGCUGCUGCGCACUUUUCAGCUGCCGAUUUCUUCCGUGACUGCCCCUGGCUGAAUGUUCCUGCCCACCGCAAGGCUGAUAUUCUUGUCGAACCGUUGUACCCACGACUGGGACUAUUGGGGGGUGCACCAGAAUCCGGGGGCAAGAUGUCGAAGCUAGCUGCUUUGGCGGCGGCUCGAAAGAAGAAGGAAGGUGAAAAAGCCGCCGCUGCACCGGAAGUGCCGUCAACGCCGCAGCCUGAAUGCUUGGACGGGCCACCACCUAAACCAUCAGGGACACCACUAUCUCUGAGUGAGAGGCUGGCUGCCAGCAAGUUGUCCAAGUCCUCUGAGACAAAUGGAGGACUACGCCGACUGGGCAGGCCAGGCGCAUCUGUCUCUUUGCCCGCUCGUCAACAGCUAGUCCCUGAACCUAGCAAACCUUCCCCACCAUCUCUGCCGGAACCCACCAAGCAAGAAGAGCCAGACACCAAGCCAGAGCCCCAAAAAACAACUCCGAACAUCCGCGCUUCUCCAUCCACAUUUGCCAGUGUCAUUCUCGGCAAUGCAGCAGGGCCAACUAUGGCCGAGCCCAGCCACCUCAACUCGAAUAACGUGGAUUUGCUUCAAAUCUAUGGCCAGGACCAUGCUGAACCCUUUGACUUUGCAGCUCCCAGUCCCGAUGACGUGGUCAUGAAUGCGCAAAGCACAGCAAAAGGAUUUAAAUCCAAACCCGCUGGUCCCAAGGCAGCUGGCGGUCAGAAGGGCCAAUCCGAUCUGGCUGGCGGUAUGAAGGAUCUUUCCGUGGAGGAAAAGGUUACCGUGAAGAGCAAGAACCUCGAUGUCGUUGCUGAAUAUAAUAAGUCUACACGGAAGAAGUCGGCUAGUUUUGUGGUGAUUGGACAUGUGGAUGCUGGAAAGAGUACACUUAUGGGGCGGUUGUUGGCGGAUCAAGGAGCGAUUGAUCAGCGUACGUUAGACAAGUAUAGGAAAGAGGCCGAGAAGAUCGGCAAGGGCUCUUUUGCGCUUGCCUGGGUGUUGGAUCAGGGCUCGGAGGAGCGUGCACGAGGCGUCACCAUCGACAUUGCGACCAACAAAUUCGAGACCGAGACCACCGCAUUUACCAUCGUUGAUGCACCGGGUCACCGUGACUUUGUGCCGAACAUGAUUGCCGGCGCCAGUCAGGCAGACUUUGCGGUGCUAGUCAUUGAUUCCAGCGUGGGCAAAUUCGAGUCCGGCUUGAAGGGUCAGACCAAGGAGCAUGCUCUUCUGGUCCGAAGCAUGGGAGUCCAGAAGAUCAUCGUUGCUGUGAACAAGAUGGAUACUGUGCAGUGGGACAUCGAGCGAUUCCAAGAGAUUGAGCAGCAGAUUUCGGCCUUUUUGACGACCGCCGGCUUCCAACCUAAGAAUAUCGCCUUCGUGCCCUGCUCCGGUGUGCUUGGCGACAACAUCACCCGGCGCAGCGAAGACCCCAAGUCUUUAUGGUACACGGGUCGGACACUUCUCGAGGAGCUGGAAACCUCGGAACCGUAUACGCACGCACUGGACAAGCCGCUGCGCAUGACAAUAGGGGAUGUGUUCCGCGGUGGUGUGCAGAACCCAAUCUCGAUCUCUGGCCGCCUAGAUGCUGGCAGUCUUCAAAUGGGUGAUCAAAUCCUCACCAUGCCCAGCGGGGAAACCGCCUUGAUCCGCAGCGUGGAGGUAGACGGCGAGCCUAGUGACUGGGCUGUUGCGGGCCAGAACGUGGUCCUCCACCUGGCUAACAUUGACCCGAUCCAUCUGCGUUCGGGAGAUGUGGUCUGUCGAGCUUCAGCGCCGAUCAAGACCAUCACGAGUUUCACCGCCAAGGUCCUGGCUUUUGAGCACUUGAUGCCCAUGCAGGUGGAUGUGCAUCGAGGUCGCCUGCAUGUGCCUGGCCGCAUCAGCAAGCUGGUGGCCUCGCUGGAUAAAACAUCGGGGGCGGCACUUAAGAAACGACCUAAGAUCGUGGCGCCUGGGACUGUGGCGCGUGUGGUGGUGGAGAUUGAUCAGGCUGUGCCUUUGGAGGCGCCGACGCGGAUUGUCCUACGUGCUGGAGGAACGACGGUGGCUGCGGGCCUGUUGGAGUAA